GGCUUGGCUGGGGAGGACCUCCUGGUGCGAAUGCCCAGGGGCCCUGCCCGGAGGACCCGGCCCGCGGUAGCACGGUCAUGAAGGCAGCCCCGGGGCCAGGGUCCCAGGGAGCGCCCGGGACGGCGGGAGUCGGUUUAGAGCCUGGGGCGAAGCGGACCCAGAAGAAGCCGUGCCUGUUGGCGGCCCGGCGGCUCCGGGUCUAAAGGUUCCUGGAGUGGACGUUCUGGGUUCCGGGUGCAGUCCGCACGGGAAGUGGCGAUCGGGCCAGCUGGGAGCGCUCUCCCGGGCUGUAAACAGUGACUCACGCGCUCCGUCGCCUGGAUGGGAGGCGCCGCUCCCGCACGCACGGGGGCUGCAGGAAGCGGGAAGUUAUCUGACAGUGCAGGGCAGGUGGGGGUGGGGCGCCACCCCGGGCCGCGGGGUCCCCUGCCCCCUGCCUGGCUCGCCCGCCGGCUCAGCUCCGUGGGGUCUUGGGGGAGAGCAGGUGCCUCCCACGAGGAAGGUAGUGGGGAGAACCUUCUGGAAGAAGCAGCGUUGGGGGAGGGCUGGGUGCCCGGUGCACCUGGGAGCUGUCAGGAGCGAAAGGUAGAGGCCAGGGACGGUGACAGGGACCCACCCACGUGCACCUCAGGGCUGCGGCCGAGCAGGGGCAGCUGCCCCUUGGGGGCGAGGUCAUCGAGCUGGGUCAGCACAGACAGGGGAGAGAGCCCGGGGUCAGGGUGAGGGCGAGGCUGUGCGGUGCAGCGGGUGGGGUGGGGUGCUGUUACCUGAGCUGAGGCGGGCCGGGUCUGUGGGCUUUCCCAGGGCUCGUCCCCGGCUGACCGCGGAGCUUGGGGCCUUGCUGAAGCGCCUGGGUGGCCGGCAGAGGGCCGGCUCCGUGAGCGGGGCUGUGUCAGCCUCACCCUGGCUCACCUCUGGGCAUAGCAGCUUCCUCAGCCCAGACGCAAGGCCACCGGACAUCCUACAGGCCUGUGGCUGCCGGUGGGGGGCACUGUGGGCACCUCCCACCUGCCCGCCGAGGGGCCAUGUCCCGGCCAGGCUGGGGUGCUGGGGGACACUGUGGGCACCUCCCACCUGCCCGCCGAGGGGCCAUGUCCCGGCCAGGCUGGGGUGCUGGGGGACACUGUGGGCACCUCCCACCUGCCCGCCGAGGGGCCAUGUCCCGGCCAGGCUGGGGUGCUGGGGGGGUAUGGUGGGCACCUCCCACCUGCCUGCAGAGGGACUGUGUCCAGGGCCAGGCCGGGUGCUGGGGGGCACCGUGGACACGUCCCACCUGCCCGCAGAGGGGCCGUGUCCAGGGCCAGGCUGGGUGCUGGGGGGCACCGUGGACACGUCCCACCUGCCCGCAGAGGGGCCGUGUCCAGGGCCAGGCUGGGUGCUGGGGGGCACCGUGGACACGUCCCACCUGCCCGCAGAGGGGCCGUGUCCAGGGCCAGGCUGGGUGCUGGGGGGCACCGUGGACACGUCCCACCUGCCCGCAGAGGGGCCGUGUCCAGGGCCAGGCUGGGUGCUGGGGGCACCGUGGACACAUCCCACCUGCCCGCAGAGGGGCCGUGUCCAGGGCGGGGGCAGAGGUUGUCUGCUGUGGGGCCUGGUCUUCAGUGGGGUGGGAGUCAGCGUGUCUGUGGCCCCAGCUGUGGCUGCGAUUGGCUGACGUGUUUAUUUGACAAGUGUCUGUGGCCCCAGCUUCCGCGCCGGGGCGGCCACAUCCUCCGUGUGUGGAUUUGCAUGUCACGGUAGCUGCCUGGGUCUUGACUGUGGCUCCCGGCAGAAGUCUGCCCGGCUGUCCUCCCGUCCCGCCUCCUCGCCCCCCACUGGACGCCCCCGGGCAGGACGGGGCAGAUGGGACCGGGUGUGGGUCGCAGCCCAGAACCAGAGCCAGAGCUUCGGCAGCAGGAGAGAGAAAGGGUGUAGCCGGUCACUGAUGAGGGAGGCUUGGAGCCCUGUGCGGCUUGGGGACUCCCGGGGACAAGAGCAGCCGGGGACCUGAGUGCUGGCCUCUGCGGACCGGGGCCCCUGCCCCCAGGAGCCCCCGGCCGCAUCCCCGUGUCCCUGCACCUGCCCAGGCCUCUCUGCCGCGGCCCCAGGCGGGCACCGGCACAUCCUUUGAGAGGAAGCCACCCUUCCUGUGGCGCGGGGGCUGGAUCGCUCACGAGAGUUGCUGGCUAUGGGUUUAAAACCCACGCGGGAGUCGCCCGACAGGUGUUGUGAGUCUGCGGUGCCAGUGCCGGUGCCGGCCAGGUUCCGGGCGGGCGUCGCCCGUCCCCGAGGUCCUCACACACGUGGUGGCCGGGGCGGGACCUGGCCUGGCCUCGGUGCUGGCGUCCCGGUGGCUUUUCUGAGAUUUUGAGGCGCUCGGGUGCCGGGGUGGGGGUGGCGCUGCCGAGGGGUGCCUUGGCCGGCUGGGGUGCUGGCCUGGGCGGGAGCAGGUCCGUCUGGGCUGGGCCCCCUGCAGCCCCUCGCCCCAGCUCUGCCUGAGGUGGGAUGGUGUACGAGGCCCCGCGCGGAACGUUCGUUUCCGAGUCAGUGCUGUUGCAACCUUGCAGGUGCGAAGCUCUUCCCAGAACUGUGUUCCGGAACCCUGCUGCCCUGUUUCUCACCUCUCAUGUUUGAAGCAGCCUUGGGCAUACGGGGCUCACGAAGGGAGUGCCCCACCCAGGCCGCACCCUGCCCCCGGCACCAGGUCGAAGGGCAGCAGGCUGAGCUGUGCCCAUCCAGGCCUGGCCUGGGCUGGGGCCAGGGUCCAGGCGCCCCGGAGCUCUGACCCACCUAAGGAAGUGGCGGCGGGAGUGCUGUGACGAGCGUCUCCUGCCGGGGGAGGGCCCCAGGACAGGUGCACCCCAGGGUGCUGGGCGCUCUAGAGAGGCAUAGGCGUGGUCCGGGAGCCCCGUCAUUGCCCACGGGCCCUGGCAGUUCUGGGAGCCGGGUGGGACCCUGGGCUCUUGAUUGCGUCCCCUGGGUUUUCAGAGGCAGAAGCGAGGACCCUCGGUGGGGUCGGGAGGGUCCUAUGUGUGGUCUGCAGCCACCCUGGGCGUGGUGGGAGGCGUGUGGGUCCCUCGUGUGUGCACGCCUCGCUCCCCGUGCUCCUGUUGUCGUCCUUGGAACAGUUCCCAAGGGCAAGAGCAGGUCUGGGGUCCUCGCCCUGGACCCGGCAGGGUCUCAUGCACUGGUCUGGAGGUCCUGGGGCCCAGGGCGAGGCGGGCCCAGUGGGCUCAGAGUUGGUGCAUGGUCCCUGUGCCAGGCUUGGGUCUCUAGGGUCGGCUCCUGUUGCCGGAUGUGCCCGACCUUGACCUCAUGGAGGUGGGGGUCCCCUGGGGGGGCGGAGCCCCAUCCUGCGCACCCUGGCUGCUGCUGGGAAGUUUCCCGGAAGGAGCCGGCUGAGCUUGGUGCCUGCUGGACGCCCCUCUCAGGCCCUCCCUCCUCUGGUGGGCGGCGUGGGGCGUGGUGAGCAGCGCAGGCCGGUCUGUGUGGGGUGGGAGGGGCCUGGCUGUGGGAAUGUGAGCCGGCUCUGUAAACAGCGGGUGACUCACCGCAUAGCUAUGUCACUGGCGGGGAGAUACGCGGCCCCUCCUCCCUCUCCCGGCCGGACUGGAAAAGUUUCCAGGGCUCACCAGGCUCCUCAGGUGCCACACGCAUGGUGGCCUCUGCAGUGCCCUGGGUGGGGGUGGGGGCUGUGUGCUGGGGGUCAGGUCUCUGGGCGCCGCCAGCACCGCCUGCCUGUCUCAGGCUCCCGCGCGGCCAGGUGAGGGUGCUCGGGCCCUGCAGGUGCACCUCGGCGCCCGUGGGAGUGGCUGGGUCCUGUGUCUGCGUGGGGGCUGUGGAGACCAGCAGGGGCCUCCCUCAGAGGCGGAGCCGGGCGGGCAUGGAAGGAGCCGUGCCCCAGAGCUCAGCUGUCCCACUGGGGGUCCGGGGGUCCCGGGGUCUCUGUCCUACACCUGAGGCCCCCGCUGCCCUCGCCCCUGUCUGCCUCUGGACUCUCCUCUGGCAUCUAGUGCGGGAGGGCUGGGGGCGGGGUGGAGGGCCGUGGGCCCACCCUGUCCGGUCUCUUGGGUGAAUGGGCUUGUUUACCGUCUGAUGUCUUCCCGGGCCUGACCCAAGUCAGGAUUGCUUUUGGGCUUCUCCGUUUCCAUGACGACUGUGGGGGCUGGCUGGUCCCAAGGUCGCCAUGGCAACUAUCGGAGGGGAAUCAUGCUUGGGAUGCUCCGGCUGGUUGUUCGUGAAUGAUUAGAAUGUGUGACACAGCCCGGAGCAGGGGCAGGCGGGCGGCUCGUCCGGCGGCCCCGCGCCCACCUGCUGCUGGCUGGGACCCCCGCCCCCGUGGCCGCACACGGGACAGCCUGGGUGCAGGUGGUGAUGUCACAGCUGCAGUGCCCUUCUCCACGCUACGGUUUCCCGGCAGCUCUGUCCUGGUGACCGUGCCCAGGUUAUGACGACUAAUCCCAAACCAAACAAGGCACUAAAGGUCAAGAAGGAGGCGGGCGAGAAUGCCCCGGUGCUCAGUGACGACGAGCUGGUGACCAUGUCCGUGCGGGAGCUGAACCAGCACCUGCGGGGCCUCACCAAGGAGGAGGUGACGCGCCUGAAGCAGCGCCGGCGCACGCUCAAGAACCGCGGCUACGCCGCCAGCUGCCGCAUCAAGCGGGUGACGCAGAAGGAGGAGCUGGAGCGGCAGCGCGUGGAGCUGCAGCAGGAGGUGGAGAAGCUGGCGCGCGAGAACAGCAGCAUGCGGCUGGAGCUCGACGCCCUGCGCGCCAAGUACGAGGCCCUGCAGAGCUUCGCGCACACCGUGGCCCGCGGGCCCGUGGCGCCCACCAAGGUGGCCACCACCAGCGUCAUCACCAUCGUCAAGUCGGCCGAGCUCGCCGCCUCCGUGCCCUUCUCGGCCGCGUCCUAGUGCCCGUGGGGCGCCCCGCCUGGACACGGACGGGCGCCCGGGGCUGCAGGCGCGGGCCGAGGAGUAGGCUCUUGUGAGCUGAGCGCCGCACGCCACCCCACACGCGCACACGCGUGCACACACGCCCUCACACGCCCGUCCCUUCUCCCCAGCCGCGUCUCGUGCCCGUGAGAGUCAGGAUGGACGGAGGGAGGGUCCUCAGAGGGCCCCACCGUCCCCCGCAGGGGCUGCCACAGGGGCGGCCCCAGGAGUCAGAGCCGGGCGGUAGGGUGCCCGUCUUCCAUGCCUCCGACAAGUGGUCCGUCCAUGCCUGUCCUGCCGCAGCCCGCACCUCCCAGCCCCGAUGGCUCGGGCCCCCAGGGGCAGGUGGGGGCAGCUGUGGCCCUGGCAUGCCCCGUGGAGGAGAUACAGGGAGGCUGCCUGAGCAGCUGGUGUGUGCGUGGGGGGCUAAGUACACAUGCAGGCACACACACGUGUGCAGGUGUGCCGCCCCAGGGGUUCUCGGAGGAGCAGCUUGUUGGGUGGAGAGUGGGUCCCAGGCCCGGUCCCCACCAGCUGUGCUGCGCUGCGCAGGGCAGAACGUGCAGGUGCCUUGGGGGCUGGAGGGAGGGGAGAGGGAAGGGAGAGGAGGCAGGAGCAGCGAGGCCGGAGCCUGGAGCGGGCCCGGGACACAGCACGGCGUGGUCUGGUGGCCCAGGUGCUGUGGCAGGGGGUGGUGGGCACUGGGCAGGAGAGCCAUGUGGACGCGCCCCCCACCGGGUCCGCUGUCAGGAGGGGGCACACCCCUGGUGCUUCACUGUGGCCUGGAGCCUUAACCGGAGCCACCGGUGGUCCUGGGGAGCCUUCCUGGGCUUCCUCUCCGUGGACGCCCCGGGGCCCCAUCCAGGCGAGCGGGCGGCAUGAGAGCCCCGAGCUCUGACACCCAGAGGCCACCACACGGGACGGGCAGGGGCAGCCCUUGGGGCCCCAGCUUCCGCCUCCCGGUGAGGUCCCGGGCCAGGGGCCAGGUGGGCAGGAGGAGGUGAGGUGAGCCCCGGGGGCUGUGCGCAGCUCCACACCUGCUGUUGGAAGCAGUCCGCGUGCAGCUCCCCCUGCCGUGCCCAGGGCCCCUCAGAGCAGACGGCCGGGCCAGGUGUUUCUAAAAACAGCUGUUGAUACCAUAGCCAUGGUAGGUAAUCCAUAUUGGAUAUCAGUAAGGACCAUGGGAGAUAUUUAAAAAGAGAAAGAAGAGAUAUAUAUCUAUAGAGUUACGCACGUUUUAUCGCACAGAUUCCGUAACGCCUUCCUUCCCAUUGUAUACUGUAAGUCUUCGCUGGGGCAGAGCUGCAAGGGGCUCGGGGGCUGGGGUCCCGCCUGCCCCGCCCCCACCCCGGUGUCCCUCGGGCACACGGGCGGCGGGCAGGCCCCUUCUGCCUGCCUAGCAGGGCGUUGCGGUCUCACCGUCACGGUUUCAUACAUGGGUUUUUUAUUUAAGCAGAAGGACAAGGACCUCUGUCGGGGGUUCGUUUUCGGUCUCCCUCGGACAGGGCGCCCACCCGCGCCAGCUUGCCCGGCUGCGUCUUCCCGGCAGGCUCAUUUCAAUAUUUAUUUUUGUGCCGUCACCACCACGACCACCGAGACGCGGCCACAUGCGGAGGGCCCGCCCCGCCCCUCGCGGCCCCCCUAAUUUAUUGCUGGACAUCUCCCCGCUUCACCCCACGACAAUAAAAGUCCUGGUUCAGAGCCUUCCCGCCUGCGCUUGGUGCUUUGCCACACCCACCCCAGGACCGUGGCCCCCACAAGAGUGGGCUUCCUCUGGUCAGCCGGGACC